AACUUGUAAAGAUAUAUUAUGAAGAAGUUAUUAGAUUUUUUGAGCAUCCUAAUUAUUGUGUAGUAUUAGAUAUAUUUGAAAGAAAAUAUGAAUUAGAUAAUAGACAUAUUGACUUAGUUUCUGAUUCAACAAGUGUUUAUCUCAUUAGUCAUGUUUUAGAGAAAAUAGGAAAACUUAUUGCUGUUCAAGCUAAACAUAAGUUAAGUUCAAUUUCAAUAUCAACAGAUAUAUUAAAAAGAAAAAAGAAAUAA